GUCGGGGCUGGGAUUUCGCAGGGAAAGCCCAGCUGUGGCAGCUGCGGCGGAUCCCUCAGCACUGCCCGCCGCGCGCCCGGGCAGCCCAGGGCCGGCGAGCAGCUAGCUCCGCAAAGUCGCCGAGCGAAAGGAGGCGGAGCGCCCGCAAAGUGGCCGGGCUCAACGCCGGGGCUGGGCAGGGAGAGGUGUGCCCGGGGACCUGGAUCCUGGCGCCCUUGUGCCUCGCGUGGAGCGGCCGGUGCACCGGGAGGCGAGCUGACGCGCUGGAAAGAGAAAUCAAAUUGCAGCCUCCCCAAAGACGUUAAGUUACGCAGGCCAGCCAGUUCCCGGAGAGCGUUCGAGAGCGCGCGUAGAGCCGCGCCGCGCCGCACCGCAGAGCCCUCCCGGGCCAGUCGGCUGGGAGCGGGGCGCCGUCCGAGAGGCAGCGGCUCCUGAGCACGGGGUCUGGCCGGGAGUGCGCCCGGGUGCAGAGAGGGGGCGUUCAGGGUUCCGCCAGCCCACCCGCAGCCCGUGCCCGACUUGGGCGCCCCCUCCGUCCCACUCCGGGAGCGAUGCCCCCCGCCUCUCGCGCCCCCCGGGAACGACGCGAGCAUGGAGAAGUCGAGUAGCGAGGAUUCUUCGAUUCACCGGAGUCCAUCUUUGGACAGCAAGGACUCGGACUUUGCCAAGCCGUCCACCUCGGGCCGCCCGUUUGGCCGCGGCUUCACGGCCGGCGCUUUCUACGGCACCGCGGGCUCCCGGGGACAGAGCCGCGCCGAGGCUGGCGUCAAGACUGACAAGUACAAUGCACCCAAAGGCAGCAAGUACGUGGUGUUUUACCUGGACCUGUCCUUUGUUUUUCUCCUAGAAUUUAAGAAGUGCAACAUGGCCAGGGGCUGCCUCUGCUGCUUGAAGUACAUGAUGUUCCUCUUCAAUCUGAUAUUCUGGCUCUGUGGCUGUGGGCUGCUUGGCGUGGGCAUUUGGCUCUCCGUGUCCCAAGGCAACUUUGCCACCUUCUCCCCCAGCUUCCCCUCGCUGUCUGCAGCCAACCUAGUCAUCGCCAUUGGCACCAUUGUCAUGGUGACAGGCUUCCUCGGCUGCCUGGGGGCCAUCAAGGAAAAUAAGUGCCUCCUCCUCAGUUUUUUCAUCGUCCUGUUGAUCAUCCUCCUAGCAGAGCUGAUCUUGCUUAUUCUCUUCUUUGUCUACAUGGACAAGGUGAAUGAGAACGCCAGGAAGGACCUGAAAGAGGGUCUGCUGCUGUACAACACAGAGAACAACGUGGGGCUGAAGAACGCCUGGAACAUCAUCCAGGCUGAGAUGCGCUGCUGUGGUGUCACCGACUAUACGGACUGGUACCCAGUGCUGGGGGAGAACAUGGUUCCUGACCGCUGCUGCAUGGAGAACUCCCAGGGCUGCGGGCGCAACGCCACCACCCCUCUGUGGAGAACGGGCUGCUAUGAAAAAGUGAAGAUGUGGUUUGAUGACAACAAGCACGUGCUCGGCACGGUGGGGAUGUGCAUCCUUAUCAUGCAGAUUCUGGGCAUGGCCUUCUCCAUGACCCUCUUCCAGCACAUCCACCGGACUGGUAAGAAGUAUGACGCCUGAGCCGGCUGGCUGGGAACACCCUGGCCCGCCGACAUGGACACUGUGCCCGGGAAGAAGAUUUGAGCUUUGUAUCGCCUGCCCACGCUCUCCAGACUGCUGACCCCUGCACCCACCUCCCCAGCCCGCCCGCCCCCAGCCCACCCCGCCUCAGCCUUCUUGGUGGGUGGAGGGCCAGGGAGGAGGAGGCGUGGAGGAGGCGCACACAGACCUUGGGGUGCUGGAGGCGCCUGGAUUCCCGCAUCUGUGUAUUUGCCAAAGAAGACAGGGCGGGCCGGGUUCGUGCUCCUGGAGCCCCCCAGCACAGAUGUGUUUCUGCCCCUGCCCUUCCUCACCCUGCCACUUUGUCCCCGUGGGGGUGGGGAGCAGAGAGCUCCCUGCUGGUGGAGAGACUGCGUAGUGGAGGCCACUGGCGUCCACGGCCACCCCCAGGGCGAGAGCUUGCAGGGGCGGGAUCUGACUGCCUCUGGGUGAGGCCCCUGGGAGCAUCUUGCCCAGGCCUUUUAUACCUUACAGUGUAACUUUUUUAUUUUAUUUUACUCUGAUUAUGAUUAUUCAGGAGUAUAUCUCUCAGAUAAGUUUAGGGUUAGCUUUCUGAUUUGUAACUUUUUACUGUGUUGAUUUCUGUAAUGGUUUGAUUUUUUUUUUUUUUUCCUUGAGGGUAGGGGACAGGUGGGGAGAGAGGAUGUCCAUCAGGUUUCAGUCAGGACAAACCGCUGUGCCACGCUCAGGAGGCCCUGCGGUGAGACACUCGGGGGCCAGGCUCAGGACGUGCUGAGCAGGAGGGACGGUGGGCGGGGCAGUGGGGGCCUGGCGUCAGUGUCCCAGGGGCCUGGGAGAGGCGCAUGCGUGGAGGGGCAACCUGUACAGGGUUGAGGCGUUUGCUGAUGCCAACGCCUGUGGCCAGGGCAGUUAGGGGUCCUCUCGGGGGCUGGUGCAGUGCUUUACCAGGAACGUGGCCAGGGCUCUUGUGGGUCCUUAUUCUUCAUGGAUGAGCAGUCUUUCUUGUUUCCCUUCUUCCUUCCUCCUGCCCUCUGCUGGAGAGGGAGGCUCCCCCUUCCGCCCCAUGUGGGCAUUCCCGCGACAGGUUCUGCAAACCCCAGUUACUUUCACAGACAUUCCUGCUAGAAACUCUCGGACAAAUACCUCUCUAGUUCAAAUGCUGCUCACUUUCUCAUAUUGCUUCUGGAAGGGGAAGCGGUCCUUAUGUUUUGCUGCUCAGACAGGGGCAGAGGACCCGUGACCAUCAGAAGGGGAAGGCAGAGCUGGGGCCCUCGAUCAUUCCAGCCACAUUCACUGGGCAGCAGAGUCCCUGCUGAAGGGGUAGGGGGAAGAUGGCCAUGGGGCCCCAGGACCCCCAUUCUCUUCCUUGGAGUUCACUGAUGGCAGAGUGGUGGUAGUCAUGUCCUCCAGGGCCCCCCGGGAGAAGCCCAGAGAAGUCAUACUGGGUCUUGCUACAGCUGUAGGAGGAAGCAAGCAGGGGAAGAGGAGCUGAACAGGCAGGGUAGGGGAUCUGAUUGCCACUGGGGCCCCCAUAGGACUUAACGCUGGCCUGAGGGAGUGUUUUGUAGUUU